UCCCUGGUUGGGAGGUCAUGUGGAAGGGCUGCCUUCUGCAGUUGCCAGGCAACAAGUGUCAACAGCACAGGAUCAUGGCCACUAACUACAGUGCCAACCAGUACGAGAAAGCUUUCUCACCCAAGUAUCUGCGGAACUGGUCUCCCGCCAAGCCCACGAAAGAGAGGAUCCCUUCCCAUGAAGGCUACACUCAGAUUAUUGCCAAUGACCGUGGUCACCUGUUGCCUUCAGUGCCCCGCUCCAAGGCAAAUCCUUGGGGUUCCUUCAUGGGUACCUGGCAAAUGCCUUUGAGGAUACCCCCUGCCCGGGUGACCCUGACCUCCCGUACAGCUGCUGGUGCCGCCUCCCUCACCAAGUGGAUACAGAAAAACCCCGAUUUACUCAAGGCCUCCAAUGGGCUGCGGCCUGAAAUCUUAGGCAAGCCCCAUGAUCCUACCUGUCAGCAGAAACUCGGGAGGAAGUCUACCACGAAGACUGUACAACAAGCAUCAAGUCCGACCAUUAUUCCAAGUCCCCCAGCUGCCAACCUCAAUUCUCCAGAUCAACUCCAAAGCCCACACCCCUCUGCAGGUCACACUCCAGGUCCCCAAAGCCCAGUCAACUGUCCUAAGACCCCACUGGGAAGCCCAUGUGUGUCAGAACACGGGCAGGGUCAUAAUGUGUCUGAGGUCCAGAAAGGCAAACCCGCAACUUCAGAAGGGGCCCAGGCACCACACAGAGAAAACCUACCUAGAGAUUGAGUGAAGUAAGGCCCCGCCCCCCUGGCAUCCCCUGUUGGGAAUACGGAACAGGGAAAUUGUGGGGUUGUGACUAAAGGCAAAU